GUGAAUUUUUUUUUUGAAUUUUUUUUUUUUAAAUUUUUAUAAAAUUAUUCGCUUUCAUCAAUCAACAAUUUUACAACAGUCAAAAUGAGUAGCCUAGCAAAUAAUAAGAAUAAAUUGGGCUUAACAUUACCAUCAUCAUCGGCAACAAUCACGACGGCCAAUAAUAAUUUGCCAUCAUCGAGUAAUAAUAAUAAUAAUAAUAAUAAUGUAUCGACAAUAAAAAAUGAUUCGAUCCAUCAUGUAAACAAUAUUCCAUCAUCAUCAUCAUCAAUAAAUAAUACAGGAAUUAUUGAUAAUAAUGGUGGUGGUGGUGGUGUUGGUGGCAGUUUUAUACCACCACAAUUAGCACCAAUCUCAUUAUUAAAUUCACAACAACCAUCAAGUCAUCGACAGCAACAACAAUCAUCAAAUCAAAAUCAUGUACAGAAUCAAAAUUUUUUCAUUGAUGAACAAUCAAAUGAUCAUUGUAAUAAACAACAACAACAACAACAUUGUUUACAGCAACAAUCGAAAAUGAAAAAAUCUACGUUGACCGAAAAAAAUAGCGAUUCAAAUGUUGUUGCUGAUCAACAACAACAACAUGCAGAUGCAAAUCUAAAUGAAUUAUUACGAACACUGGAAGGCUUGGAAUUAGAUGAUCAACAACGGAUACGGCUAGAAACAUUUAUAUUAUCAAAACGUAAAGUCGGUGAUUUAGUCAGCGCCGAUGAUUUUAUCGAAAUGCAUGCAUUAGGUUCUGGUAAUGGUGGUGUCGUUAGUAAAGUAUUACAUCGUCCAACACAAACAAUAAUGGCCAGAAAGAUGAUUCGAUUAGAAGUGAAACCUGUGAUACGUAAUCAAAUACUUAGAGAAUUGAAAAUAUUACAUAAUUGUAAUUCACCACAUAUCGUUGGUUUUUAUGGUGCCUUUUAUUCGGAUGGUGAAAUUAAUAUCUGUAUGGAAUAUAUGGAUGGUGGAUCAUUUGAUCUGGUAUUGAAAAAUGCUGGCCGUAUUGAUGAACAUAUUUUGGGUAAAGUGACAACGACUGUUAUUAAAGGAUUAAAUUAUCUUCGUGAAAAACAUCAAAUUAUUCAUCGAGAUGUAAAACCAUCAAAUAUAUUGGUAAAUUCACGUGGUGAAAUAAAAAUUUGUGAUUUUGGUGUUAGUGGACAAUUAAUUGAUUCGAUGGCCAAUUCAUUUGUCGGUACACGUUCAUACAUGUCGCCCGAACGUUUACAAGGAAUACAUUAUUCCGUGCAAUCAGAUAUAUGGAGUCUUGGUUUAUCAUUAGUUGAAAUGGCAUUAGGCCGUUAUCCAAUACCACCACCAAAUGAAAAAGUAUUGCGUAUGAUAUUUGGUGAUCAUUAUGAUCCGAAAAUGGAUCAUCCAUCAUCAUCAACAACAACGAUGACAUCAUCAUCACCUUUAAUCAUUCCAGAAUCAUCAUCAUCAUCGUCACAACAUCAACAACAACAGAAUUUUGGCUCAAAUCAUAGUAACAGCAGUGGAAGUGGCGGUGGUAGUGACUGUUUAGCCGUACAACCAUUAUCAAUAUUUGCUCAAUUGGAUUAUAUUGUCACGGAUCCACCACCAACAUUACCAUUGAGCAUAUUUAGUCGGGAAUUUAAAGAUUUUGUUGAUUCUUGUUUAAAAAAGAAUCCAAGUGAACGACCUGAUCUUAAUGGUUUAAUGAAUCAUCCAUAUAUAAAACGUUCGGAACAAGAAAAAGUGGAUAUUGCACCUUGGAUAUGUAAGGUGAUGAAUCUGAAACCACCACCACAAGAUACAGUAACGAAUACAUCAUCGAUAUCAUCAUCAAAACAUCAUGGAAAUUUAUCAUCACCAUCGGCCAUGAUGACGACGAUGACAAUGAAUUUAUGCAGCUCUGAUAAUAAUAAUAAUAAUAAUAAUAGCGAUGAAAGCAAUAGCCGUCAAAUUAGACGACAAUCACAAACAACAACAACAACAACAAGCAGCUAGCUAAUUAUCAACAAAAAUAUAAAAAAAAACAAUUGCACACAC